CGCGUGUGUUUGGGACAGUGCGUCGUGCGUGUUGGCGUCUCGCUCUGCUCCUACGAUACGAUGUUUUUCUGACUAAUUAUUUAAUGUUUUUUUUAUGAAUUUUUUGUAACGCGGAAUAUAAAUUUGAAAACAUUUUAAGCCCGACAAAUCUGGACAAAAAGCUCGAACGAUGACUCCACCUAGCAGCGAGAAUACAGAAGCUCCGCACAUAGUUGUGCUGGACGGUGGGUUCUCGACACAGUUGUCUUGCCACGUCGGGCAUGUCAUCGACGGUGAUCCACUGUGGAGUGCUCGUUUUAUCCACACACAUCCAAACGAAGUUGUCAAUACGCAUCUCGAUUUUUUGAGAGCCGGGGCUGAUUUAAUCAUUACCAACACAUACCAAGCUUCAGUGGAAGGCUUCGUAGAGCAUCUGGGAGUAACGAAAGAACAAGGUUAUGAAUUAAUAGCCCGCGCAGUUCAGCUCGCUAAACAAGCCCGCACCCUCUAUCUGGAAGAAUACCGUGACUACGUUCAAAAUGAUGACAUUCCACUCAUAGUGGGUUCAGUCGGACCAUAUGGAGCUCAUCUUCACGACGGUUCCGAAUACGAUGGCAGCUAUGCAGACACCACGUCAAUAGAGACUAUGCGGGAAUGGCAUCGGCCCCGAAUUCAAGCGCUGGUAGAAGCGGGAGUAGACCUCCUCGCACUAGAGACAAUUCCAUGUCAAGAGGAAGCAGAGACAUUGUGUGAUCUUCUACGGGAGUUUCCGGGUACAAAGGCUUGGCUUGCAUUCAGUUGUAAAGACGAUCAAAGUAUAGCCCAUGGAGAAAGUUUUCAAAAAGUCGCCAAGAAGUGUUGGGAAUUGAAUCCGGAUCAGUUAGUGGCUGUAGGCGUGAAUUGUUGUGCUCCGUCUUUCGUCUCUAACUUAAUGAAGGGCUUCAAUGACGACAGGCCACAAGCCCCAAUUCCGCUUAUUGUUUACCCUAAUUCGGGCGAAAAAUAUAAUCCUCAAAUAGGUUGGAUAGACCGUGACAAGUGCGAGCCCGUGGAGAUAUACAUACAGGAGUGGCUGGACCUCGGCGUGAGGUACGUGGGCGGCUGCUGUCGCACGUACGCCGCAGACGUGUCUCGCAUCCAAAACCAGGUGCACCGCUGGAGGGACAGAUACCGCUUCCAAACCAAAUACCAGUCGAAUAACGGCUUGCAUUAGAACCUCAAUAGGUCUACUAGUAUUGGCGAAUUUUAAGCUUUAAAUUCAGCUCAUGACACUUUAUUAUCGACCUAUAUGCAUUCGUGAUACGAGUUAAUAAACAAAAAGUGAAUUAACUGUAUUUCACAAAGCAACUAUUUUAAUUUUUAAUUCGAUUGAUACCUAUAAUGAUAGGACUCAAAUCGACCGUGUAUCUGUACGCAAUAUACAUAACGUCUAGUUUUAUUCUUAUUUCUGAUCCAACAGUGCCAUUUUAGGUAGUAGAUUAAUUAGGUUACACAAUUCAUCGAAUUGCAUACAAAACUUUUUUGUAAAUGCACAUAUUGUACAUACCCUAUAUGUAUACUCUAUGUCUAAAAAUACCAAAGAAUUAAAAAGAUUUGAUUGUUAUCUUAUUUUCAAUAAGUACCUAAUGUUUACAAAUACAAAUAUAGCGACAGAACACCAAAGAAUUAUUUAGAAUAAUAAACACAACAUGCGAUCAAGGUAUAAGACUCUUAGGUAUAAGAUGAUUAUAAUAUAAAGUUGUCUCCUUUGUUGGAAGUAGGUAAUCCGUCAGCUAUACAUAACCGUUCGUCGUCUUGCUGAAAGGGAACAAUGACACGAUACAAGUUUUGUUACAAAAUUUCAUUGUUAGAAAUUAUAAUAUCUACGUAUAAAUAUUAGUGAUUGUAAGAAUGUUUUUGUGGUUAGUUUUUAAUACCAUAUUUUAGAGUCCUUAUAGACUGUCCGUUCCGGACACUAUGUAACAAAUUGUCUAUUUUAAAAUAAAUGAAAACGAUUACUAUAUGUAUGUCCU